AAAACUUGCUAUCGCGAGGUCCAACAAUGCGAUAAAAAGCGAAACGACAUGACUAUCGCCAAAUCGCCAUCCCUAAAAUACUCCAUUAAACCCACACUCUCGUGCCCUCUUUAAAACCACCCCACAAUCCAUUCCUCAAACCUUUUACACCUUCAUUCAUACAUUCAUAUUCUCUCUCUUCUUUAUAGCGUUGUUGAUUCAACAAAAACUGAAGAAAACACCAACCAACACUCGAAACUCGAGACUCUCCCUCACUCCUGCUCUCUCUCUUCCUCUCUCCCGCAAUUCCACCCCAAAUCUCUCUCCUCCCGAAACCCUAGAACUCCGCUUGAUUUCUCCUUCAAUCUGCUGCGAUGCAGGAAUUUUCGGCCACGGUUGCCAGCCAUGUCCGAUUCCUUCUGCAAAGCUUGAAUGGAUCCAACUCUGAUUCUGUGCUUCAAGAGCUUUGUCAGUUCACUGAACAAGGCUUAGAAGGAAGCUUAUUGAUCCUGCAGAGCUUGUUGGAAUUUAUGAAUAUACAUGGGACAGAUGCAAAGAAAGUUCAUCUGCACCCAGUUAUUUCCUCAGUUUUUAGAUUUAUUUUGGAUAAACCAAAUUUCAGUACUGUUCUCUGUCAGUCUCUUCGAAAGUUCACAAUCAGAGAUGGAUUCCUCGAUGAUUUAUCAAAUGCUUUAGGUCUCUCACUUUCUGAAAAAAUCGCCAUUGGUCUCGCAUUCUCGGAGUCUGAAAAUCCUGAUGCUAGAUUGAUUGGGACAAAUUUCUGCAUGACUCAGAUUGAGGGAUUGUUUGCCAAUCCCAGCACAAUUGAAUCAACUGAAAAAAUCCAGAAUAUUUUCAUGUUCCUUCAUCGAUGUGAGGGCCUCUCAAAGCAUGUAGAUACUUUUACGCAGAUGUUGAGCUUAAUGCCUCUGAAAGAGGGUGUACCAUUGAUUUUGGCUCCCCUGGUCCCAGAUGACCUGAACGAUACCAAGUUCCUCAGUGACUGCAGGAGCAUGGAUUUAUUCUAUGAUUCUAAUGUAGAUGACUUUGAUACCAUUGUUGCUGAAAUGGAGAAGGAGAUUAGUAUGGCAGAUGUCAUGAAAGAACUAGGUUAUGGAUGCACGAUGAGUGCCUCAAAAUGCAAGGAAAUAUUGUCUCUUUUUAUGCCCCUAACUGAAGCAAGCAUUGCUAGGAUACUGGGCAUCGUUGUCCGUUCUCAUGCUGGUCUUGAGGAUAACACAACUACAUUCUCAUCAUUCCUAUCGGCAAUUGGCAGCAAUCCUUUGUCUGAUCUCCCAUAUCUCAGUUCCUGGGAUGUCAAUAUCCUUGUCAAGACAAUUAAACAGCUUGCACCUGAAACCAACUGGGCAGGUGUUAUGGAGAAUCUAGACCAUGAAGGAUUCUAUAUUCCUAAUGAGAACGCCUUCACAUUUUUCAUGACCAUUUACAAGCAUGCCUGUCAGGAUUCUUUCCCUCUCCAUGCUAUUUGCGGGUCAGUUUGGAAGAAUUCGGAGGGGCAACUUUCCUUUCUUAAGUAUGCAGUUUCUGCGCCACCUGAGUUAUUUACCUUUGCACAUUCUAUUAGGCAACUGGUGUAUGUUGAUUCAGUCCACGGUCUACAAUCUCAACCUGGACAGUCCAAUUAUGCAUGGUUGUGUCUUGAUCUUGUGGAUGUAUUGUGCCAAUUGGCUGAGAGGGGUCAUGCUGCUACAAUUCAAUCAAUGCUUGAAUACCCACUGAAACACUGCCCUGAAGUACUACUUCUUGGGGUAGCACAAAUCCAUACAUCUUAUAACCUUCUUCAGCAUGAAGUUGCUUCUACUGUUUUACCGAUGAUAAUUGCUAAUGCUGGCAGAAAAGGAGUUAUCCUUGACCUCUGGCACAUCAACCAUUAUUUGGUUUUACGUGGAUUUGUUGAUGUUCUAGCUAGUGAAUCAGACAGCAUUCACAGGAUUUUAGAUGUUUGCCAGGAAACCAAGAUUCUCAGCCAAGUCUUGGAGCGGAUUCCUUUUUCUUUUGCUAUCAAACUUGCGGCAGUUGCUUCUCAAAAAGAGCUUUUGGAUCUUGAGAGAUGGUUGAAUGAUAUGUUAAUGACAAGCAAAGACACUUUUUUUACGGAGUGCUUCAAGUAUAUUAAAGAGGUUCAGAGCCAAACAAUAUCUGAAGAGAAUGCUGACAAGCUGCAUGAAACUGUUUCGUCUGCUAACCCUGGCUCCCGGAGUGCUCUGGUCAUCCUGAAGGUCCUUCAAGCCAAGGCCCACGUAGUGACCUCCAAAAGUCUGUGUGAUGAAAUUGAAAAAAUGCAUGUAUCUCUGAUGAAUGGCAGUUUGGCUCCACAGAAUGAAGGAGUUGCUGAUUCACCCUCCUCAAAUAUGCCUUCUGACAUUGAUGCAGAGGCAAAUUCCUAUUUCCAGCACAUGUUUUCUGAACAGAUUACUGUUGGUGAUAUGGUCCUAAUGCUUACACGUUUCAAAGAAUCCCCUGACAAAAGGGAACUGUCUAUUUUCGAAUGCAUGAUUGCCAAUCUGUUUGAAGAGUAUAGAUUUUUCCCAAAAUACCCCGAGAGACAGCUUGGAAUUGCUGCUGUAUUAUUUGGCUCUAUCAUCAAGCAUCAGCUAGUAACACAUCUGACACUUGGUAUUGCACUCCGUUGUGUUUUGGAUGCUUUACGGAAGCCUGCAGAUUCAAAGAUGUUUACGUUUGGUACAAAAGCGUUGGAGCAGUUUGUCAAUCGUUUGGAUGAGUGGCCCCAAUAUUGCAAUCAUAUCUUGCAGAUAUCCCAUCUUCGUGGUACUCAUCAAGACCUAGUUGUAUUUAUUGAAGGAAUUCUUGCCCGGCAAUCUCAUGGUGGAAAUGGUCCUGUUGACCAACUUAAUAUUACUUCUCUGGGAACGACAGGCAACGAGAUUACUGGAUUGACUACUACACAGCUGGGGCAGCCACUUUCCUCUCCUUCACCCAUCCAACCUAGGCCCCCAGUGCAGGUAGAUGAUGGAAAUAAAGCUUCCUUAAGUAUGAAUAGCUUCACAAAGCCAUUAGUAGCUGCUUCAGCUCAAUCUACUGCAACGACUUUAGCUGAUGCAGUUAGCAUUCCAAAGAUUCCGAGUCCACUGACUACACCUGGAAUGCUGUCAUCCUCUCAAGGCUAUGCUCGUACCCGAGGAGUUACUAAUGCCAGGUUUGGUUCUGCAUUGAAUAUAGAGACCCUCCUUGCUGCUUCAGAACGAAGAGAAACACCAAUAGAGGCUCCAUCAUCUGAGGCUCAGGACAAAAUUUCAUUCAUUUUCAACAAUAUCUCUGCUUCUACUAUGGAUGCGAAGGCCAAAGAAUUUUCAGAAAUUCUGAAGGAGGAAUGCUAUCCCUGGUUUGCACAAUAUAUGGUGAUGAAAAGAGCUAGCAUUGAACCGAACUUUCAUGAAAUGUAUCUGAAGUUUCUGGACAAGAUUAAUUCAAAAGCUCUGUAUAAGGAAAUUGUUCAGGAAACAUAUGAGAAUUGCAAGGUUCUUUUAGGCUCUGAGCUCAUAAAAUCUAGUUCUGAAGAGCGCUCUUUGCUAAAAAAUUUGGGAAGCUGGCUUGGGAAACUUACAAUUGGUCGAAAUCAAGUUCUUAGGGCUCGUGAUAUUGAUCCUAAAUCUUUGAUUAUAGAGGCGUACGAGAAAGGAUUGAUGAUUGCUGUGAUUCCUUUUACGUCUAAGAUUUUGGAACCAUGUCAAAGCAGUCUAGCUUAUCAACCUCCAAAUCCUUGGACAAUGGGUAUUCUUGCCUUGCUUACUGAGAUCUAUGCGAUGCCAAACCUAAAGAUGAAUCUUAAAUUUGACAUUGAGGUGCUGUUUAAAAAUCUUGGUGUUCAGAUAAAAGAAGUGAACCCUACUUCUCUUUUAAGAGAUCGUGUGCGAGUAGUUGAAGGAAAUCCUGAUUUUUCAAACAAAGAGUUUGUAGCACCACAGCAACCAAUUUCUUCUGAAGAUCAAGUGGCAAUACCAGAGCCCAUGGAACCGCCUCCUAAACCUCAGCUUCCUGUUCCAAUUUCUCCGUAUGUUCCUGCUGAGGAUGAUAAGGGUGGUAGUAUGGGGUUUUCUGACCAGCUUCCUUCAGCUCAAGGAUUGCUCCAAUCUGCUGGAUCUCAAUCUCAAUAUAGCAUGACUCAGUUACCCCCUUCAAUUCCUAGCCUUGGAGCACAUGUCGUCGUGAAUUCAAAGCUGAAUAAUAUGGGCUUACAUGUGCACUUCCAGAGAGUUCUUCCACUUGCUAUGGAUAGAGCUAUCAAAGAAAUUGUGCCUGGUAUAGUGCAGCGUAGUGUUUCCAUCGCUACUCAAACUACUAAGGAGCUUGUUAUUAAGGAUUAUGCUUUGGAGUCAGAUGAGAGUCGCAUAUAUAAUGCUGCGCAUUUGAUGGUUGCUAGUCUUUCUGGAAGUCUAGCUCAUGUGACUUGCAAGGAACCUCUGCGUGGCUCAAUAACUAGUCAGCUGCGUAAUAUGCUUCAAGGAGUAAAUGUUGGAAGUGAAGUUUUAGAACAGUAUGUACAGCUCGUGACCAAUGACAACCUUGAUUUGGGUUGUGCAAUGAUUGAACAAGCAGCACAAGAGAAGGCUGUACAAACAAUUGAUGCAGAAAUCUCACAACAACUUUCCUUGAGAAGAAAGCACAGAGAAAGUCUUGGUUCCUCAAUAUAUGAUGCUAAUAUAUAUGCACAAGGUGCAAUGGGUAUCUUGCCCGAAACUCUUCGUCCUACCCCUGGGCGCUUGUCUUUUUCCCAGCAACGUGUUUAUGAGGAUUUUGUGCGGCUUCCCUGGCAGAACCAACAGUCGAGUCAAAGUGUUAAUGGUACGCUUGCUGCUCAUUCUCCUUCUCCUUCCCCUGCUGGUGGAAGCUUCCCGCGCACAUUCAGUGCAUCUUCAGGACAGCUAAGUUCAAAUAUCUACUCUGGACUCGGGAAUACUAGUUUUGGUGUGGGUGCUCAGCCUAUUGAUCUUGUUUCUGAUGAAAUGGAACCAUCUUCACAGAUACUUAGUACUGCUGCUCUUAGUCAGAUAAGAACUUCUGAAAGUGUUGGCUCUCAGCGCUCUGAGAAUGAUUCAACCCCGGUGUCUUCUUCUGGUGUGUCAGCCAUGGAAGCACUACCAGUUGAAUCAGCUGCAAGUAUGAAGGAUCCUGGAGUAACCUCCCAAUCACCACCGCAAGGAUCUGUGCCUAUAGGAACUGGUCUCUUAGAACCUUCAUUGACUAUUGGAGAUGUGCUGGACAAAUACCAGUUAGUUGCAUUGAAGUUGGAAACUGCCCUUUCUAGUGAUGGUAGAGAAGCGGAAAUUCAGCCUAUUGUUUCAGAGAUUCCACAGAUCAUACUAAAAUGUGGCAACCGAGAUGAAGCUGCUUUAGCUGUCGCACAAAAGGUUUUCAAAUCUUUGUAUGAGAAUUCAGGCAAUGGUUUGCACAUUGCUGCUCAUCUUGCAAUUUUAGCUGCAAUUCGUGAUGUGUGCAAACUUGUGGUGAAGGAGCUUACUAGCUGGUUGAUUUAUUCAGAUGAGGAACGGAAGUUCAAUAAGGAUAUUACUGUUGGCCUGAUAAGAAGGGAGUUGUUGAACUUGGCCGAAUAUAAUAUUCAUAUGGCGAAGCUUCUUGAUGCAGGAAGGAACAAAAUUGCAACUGAGUUUGCUGUUUCUCUUCUCCAAACUUUGGUGAAAGAAGAACCUAAGGUCAUUUCAGAGCUUCAGAAUUUAGUUGAAAACCUGGCAAAGCAGCUUGCUGCGAGGCCGGGGUCGCCUGAGUUGUUGCAGCAGUUAGUUGAAACGGUGAAAAAUCCAGCUGCUACUGUUGGUGGCCUCACCAGUCCUAGUACAGGGAAGGAUGAUAAGAACCGACAAACUAGAGACCAAAAGGUUUCUCAAUCUGUGGCAAGUAAGGGUGAGUACAACAGUGUAGAAGUAAUGGAGCCGGAUGCCUCUAGUUUCCAGAAGCAGGUUUCUCUACUUUUUGCAGAGUGGUAUCGGUUAUCUGAACUUCCUUCUGGAACUGAUACUCCAUGCAUCAGAUUUGUUAUACAGCUACAUCAAAAUGGUUUACUUAGAGGAGAUGACAUAACGGAGCGCUUCUUCCGGGUUCUUUUGGAAAUAUCUGUGUCACAUUUUGGUGAGGUGAUGCAGUCAUCUCAACAAGUGCAGUCUUCUUUUCUGGCAAUUGAUAUUUAUGCUAAACUAGUAUAUUCAAUCUUAAAGCAUUGCCCAGUGGAUCAGGGGUCAAGCAAACUCUUUCUCUUACCAAAGAUUUUAGCUGUAACUGUGAGAUCAAUUCAAAAAGAUGCUGAUGAAAAGAAAGAAGACUUUAAUCCAAGGCCAUAUUAUAGGCUCUUUAUUAAUUGGCUGUUAGACUUUGGUUCGUUAGACCCUGUGCACGAUGGUGUUAAUUUCCAGGUUUUGUCAGCUUUUGCGAAUGCAUUCCAUGCUUUGCAGCCCCUUAAAGUACCUGCUUUCAGCUUUGCAUGGCUAGAACUAGUUAGUCACAGAACUUUCAUGCCUAAGUUGCUUACCGGCAACUCUCAGAAGGGGUGGCCCUUUCUUCAUCGCUUGUUGGUUGACUUAUUUCAGUUCAUGGAGCCUUUCUUGAGGAAUGCAGAAAUGGGAGAAUUGAUACGCUUUCUGUACCAAGGAACUCUGAGAGUGCUGUUGGUGCUGCUGCAUGAUUUUCCAGAAUUCUUGUGUGACUUUCAUUUUAGUUUUUGUGAUGUCAUACCUCCCAGCUGCAUACAGAUGCGAAAUAUAAUCCUCAGUGCUUUUCCUCGCAACAUGAGACUUCCGGAUCCUUCAACUCCAAAUUUGAAGAUUGAUUUGCUGGAUGAGAUGAGCCAAGCACCUCGUAUAUUGUCCGAAGUUGAUGCAGCUUUGAAGGCAAAGCAGAUGAAAGCUGACGUUGAUGAGUUUCUCAGGACAAGGCAACAAUCAUCCCCAUUUCUGAGUGAUCUGAAGCAGAGAUUACUACUUCCACCUAGUGAGGCUUCCCAUGCUGGGACCUGUUACAAUGUACCUCUGAUCAACUCACUUGUAUUGUAUGUUGGAAUGCAGGCAAUUCAGCUGCUUCAGGCUCGGAACCGGUCACAACCUCAGUCAGUCAGCAGUGAUCCAUUGGCAGCUAAAGCAGCAUUGGAUAUAUUCCAAACUUUAAUUAGGGAUUUGGAUACUGAAUGCCGCUAUCUAUUUCUAAAUGCAAUUGCUAACCAGUUGCGUUAUCCAAAUACUCACACACAUUACUUCUCCGUCAUCCUCCUCUACUUAUUUUCUGAUGCGCACCAGGAGAUCAUUCAGGAACAAAUUACCAGAGUACUGUUAGAAAGGCUAAUUGUUAACAGGCCACAUCCGUGGGGACUGUUGAUUACAUUUAUUGAACUAAUCAAGAAUCCUGAUUAUAAUUUCUGGAACCGUACCUUCACUCGGUGUGCACCUGAAAUUGAAAAAUUGUUCGAGUCCGUUUCGACCUCGUGUGGGGGGCCAAAGCCUGUUAAUGAAAGCAUGGUUGGCUCCGGAGGAUUAUCAGAUAAUGCUCAUUGAAGUUAUCUUUCUUUGUAAAUGUGUAGAAGUAGAUUAGUCUUCUAACAUUGCUAGAAGACUGUAAAUGUACCAAUACUGUGAAUAUGCAUAUUCUAGAUACAUUCAAAUACCAAUGUUAUUAAUAACAUUUUUCUAAUGCUAGUUUAGGCAGGCUUAAUGCUCCUUUCUGUACCCAA